UGCUAAUCUUGCAAUUAAUUAACCUAAUAGUGAUGCUUAAAAGUCGGGGCGUUACAGAGUGGUAUCAGAGCCAAGGUUCUGAGGACCAUUAGUGAAACUCGGGUUUUCAUGCCAACGAGUUUUUAGGGAAAAGAAAGUUAAAAUGAGAAAUAGGAUAUAAAAAGAAAUAAAAGAAUUAGGUUAUAAAGUUAUAAAAUGGUUUUAAGAAGGAGAUCUAUAUGAUUAUGAAAAUGGUAAAUAAAAACGAUAUGAGCGUGAGUGCUAGGAACGGGACGGGAACAAUAUUUUAUAUUAUUUAUCUACGAUGUUUGUGCAUGAACAUGUGAUGAUUCUAAUACAAUUAAUGUAUUAGAAAUGGCUUCAAGUGAAAGCGAUCCUACUAAUGGCGGAAAUGGGAACCAAGAGCCUGAUGUUUCACUAGAUGAAAUAAGGGCAAGACUUGACGUUUUACGAAAUGACCCCGUAUUCGGAGAUGCCACGGGAGACGUUGCAAACGAUAAUCGAAUGGAUUUGAUGAGGCUCGUGGUGAUGGAACUACUACACGGGAAUCGACAAAGGGCCAAGACGGAGCAAGAAGAAUGCUCGAAUACAUUUAAAAGAUUCUCUGCGCAUAAUCCGCCAACUUAUGACGGCAAGCCAGACCCCUGAAUUCGAAGAAUGGCUAAACAACAUGGAUAAGUUAUUCGAUGCCAUUCAGUGUCCCGAAAAAUGGAGAGUUAACUUUGCAGUAUUUUAUUUGAAAGGGCAAGCUGAUCUCUGGUGGAAAACCACCAAGGGCAUGCAAAGUCAGCCUGGGUUCGGAUGGGAAAAACUAAAGGAGGUUAUGAGAAGCCAAUUCUACCCUCAAUCUCUGCAGCUCCAGAUGGAAUCCGAGUUCAUCCAACUGAAGCAAAGGAACAUGUCCGUUUUAGAAUAUGCUGUGAAGUUUAACGAAUUGGCUCGAUUUGCUCCCGACCUAGUAACCACCGAUCGUCAGAGAAUGAAUCGUUUCGAAGGAGGUUUGAACUUGGAACUUCAAGAAAAGCUUGCUGCGCAUAUGAGUAAGUCCUACCAAGAAUUGUAUGAUAGAGCUAUCAACGUCGAGCGAAAAAUGAAGCUUCGAAAAGAGAUAUACGAAAAUAGUAAAAGAAAUGAAAAACCCCAUGAUGGUCGAUCCAUCAACGACUCCAACAAGAGGUUGAACAUGGGAUUCUCGGAGAACAAUCGUUAUCAAAGACAACCGCUCCAAUGUAAUAAGUGUGGUAAGCAAGGGCAUUUGGAAAAAGACUGUCGACAAGGGACAGGUCAAUGUUUCCGAUGCGGUAAGCGAGACCACUUGGUUAGAGAUUGUCCCAUGCCAGACUCUCGAAACCAACAUACGAACAACUACAAUCCUAGACGAACUCAAGGAAGCGGACAAAUUUCCGGAUAUAAGGGCACCACAAGUAACACCAACGUUAACAGAAACCCUGCACGAGGAUCUUCGCAAGCUGGAAGAGUAUACAUGAUGCAAUCAACUGGAGCUGAUAAACAUGAAAAUAACGAUAAUGAAACCUUCUCUACUCCUGAGGCCUAAAUCGUUGUACGAAUUGACGAACUCACAUUAUAUGACGCUAUUGCUACGUAUUAUGAUAGUUUUAAGACGCGUUUAUGUGUUAACAAUCUAAAUAAAAUGUGAAACUAUUUCCAUGAAACGUGGUACCGAUUUUUCUCAAGUUUCGAGGACGAAACUUUUUUUCUAAGGGGGUAAGGAUGUAAUAUCCCGAAAAAUUUAAACUUGCUUAAAUUAAAUAAUAAUCAUUAGUGGCUAAAUUUUUUUCAUUUAAUAAUUAGUUAUAAUCGAAUUUCGUUAUUUUAUGUCCAAUGGAUAAUUAGUUCGUUAAAAAUAUGUAUACAUUAUGUAUGGUUAAGAGUUACAAAUAAAUAACAAAUUAAUUACUAAAGAAAUUCAUGACAUAAAAAGGAAAAUAAAAAAAAAGAGAAAAGAAAAGAAAAAAAGAAAAAAAAAAGAAAAAGGAAAAGAAAAAGAAGAAAUUGAAAGAAACAGAAAAACAUUUUCUUCUCCUUCGACCCAUUUCAGUUUUCUUUUCUCAAACAACCCACCCAUGAAUUUCUAACUCUAAAAUGGAUUAUUCUUGCUCAAUCAAACUCAUAUUCAUAUAAAAUUCAUUUCUCAACCAAAAUCACCCAAUAACCCAUUUUUGGUAAUUCAAUUCCAUCAAUUCAUUUGGGCAGAAAUUGAAACUCAACCAUGGCUAUAAAUAGCCAUGUUCAUCUCCUCAAACCAUUCACUCAAACCAUUUGAGUUUUCGUCGGAAAACCGCCACCCAAACCACCCUCAAAUUCCUCUGUUUUCACAACUUUCUCUCUCCUCUGUUUUCGUUCAACCACCGCAGCACCACCACCCACCGCCACCGUCGCCAUAACCGUACCCCUGAUUCUGCGCGAAACAACAACCACCGCACCGUCAACCAGAACCUCUCCCUCCUCUCUCCCAGUUUCCCCCUCUCUGUCGUGUCUCCCUCCUCGUCGCAUCGUUGACCCGCGCGCACCGCCCAGCACCACCGAGCCCGCGCCGUCCCGCCGUACCACCCCUUAUUUUCUGCCCCGCCUCGCCGGAGCUUCGUUCGUUCUCCCUUGCUCUCUGGUUCACGAUAUUCGGUUGAAGCAGAGAUUAAAACGGAAGAAAUAUUACAAGCAUUCCCUACGAUCAAGGUUGUUAAGCAGGAUUCCAGGUAACGUCUACUGCUAACACCCGCACUCCCCUUCCACUCUGUUUUAUAGUGAUGUUUUAUGCUAUAUUUUAUAUGGUGUGCGGGAUAUGAAAUGUUUUGUGAAUGAUUUGAUGACGUUGUGCAAUGACUUUAUUAUGAUUUCUGAAAACUACUCAAAAGAAACGAAACAUGAUAAAUGAAAGUGAAAGAUGGUGAAUGGCAGUACUAUGUUCUCUGGGUCGUGCACGUGUCAUUCUGUUAUGUUAUCUGGCGGCAACACCACCUUCUGAUGGGGGACAACGUCCUCGGUGGCACCCGCAUUAUGGCAUUAUAUGCCACCUUCUGAUGGGGGAUAAAUAUCCUCGGUGGCUUUGCCUUCUGUUACAAUGUCUGGCAUUAUAUGCCACCUUCUGAUGGGGGAUGAAUAUCCUCGGUGGCUUUGCCUUCUGUUAUGAUCUAUGAUGUUAUAUGUCACCUUCUGAUGGGGGAUGAAUAUCCUCGGUGGCUUUGCCUUCUGUUAUGAUCUAUGAUGUUAUAUGUCACCUUCUGAUGGGGGAUGAAUAUCCUCGGUGGCUAUGCCUUCUCUGUACUCGCCAAAGUAACCAAAGAAAGUUUUUCUGAUAAUGAAACGUGAUAAUGGAGAUAAUAUGAACGAAAAUGACUUUUAAAUUCCUGAUUCGAAGUGUAUGUUUACGAAAUGAUUUUUACUAUAUUCUCUUCUCCCUGUUUGCAAAAGAAAAUGAAUUGAAAUGAAUUUACGUUGUUAGAGUAGUACGUUACUGAGCCUCGGCUCAUGACGUUUUGUUUUUCUGUUUUAGGUAUGCAUAUGAAGAUGGGAUGACGUAGCAGUGAGGAUUAAAUUACGUUAAUUCACGCGACUAUGACGGUUAUGUAAUCCAAGUUUAUGAUCACUAGAUUUCGUAACAUUAGUUAUGCUUAAGCUAUCUAUAUAUAUUUCUAGAAUUACUACCACUAUUAUAGAGGUUUAAUUAUAUGAAAGAAUGUUGCCUUGUACUUUCCUGUGUGGAGAGUACGGCAGUGACGCACCGACUAAGCUAAGAAGGUCUUCCGCUGCUAAUCCUUGCAAUUAAUUAACCUAAUAGUGAUGCUUAAAAGUCGGGGCGUUACACUAUCAAUUAAGAGUGGUAUGUAUCCACUAGUAUUGUGUAAUUGAAUCAGAUUUUUAUAUAUUAAUUGAUUUAUUCA